UGUCACGAAACCCUAAUCAAAACUACUCAAGGUUCACGACAGAAACCCUAAUUCCCAAAUCGCAUCCAAAUAACCCAAAUAUCUCCGCAUAUGAAUUGAUUAUCUGUCAACCCAAAUCGAACCUUAUUCAGUGUUCCCAUCUUCUAACUUUUGCAUCUGAGCUCCCUGACUAAACCUUAGACUUCCUCAGCCCCAACUUCCCUGUUCCCUCAGACAAUCUCAAAGUGAACUCCCAGUCGCAGCCGUCAGCUCGUGGACGACGUUCUUCGCGGCGUGGCUUCUUCUGUAAAAUCCUUUCGCAGUUUGAAUGAAAAUGGAGUUAUCCGCCAAGAAAUCUAAAAAAAGAGGAAAAAUUGACAGUGAUUCUGACGAUUACAAUAAUAUGGAGUACGAAGAGGUGGAGGAUGAUUAUAAUGAUAGUGAGGAGGAGGAAGAGGAAGAAGAUGGAGAAAAGGUAACGGAUGAGGAAGAAGAUGGGACAGGAGAACAUAGUGAAUGGAAAAAUGAUGAGAUGGAACAGCUUGAGAAAGAGUAUAGGGAUCUUCAUCACCAGGAGCUAGAUACUUUGAAGAACUUGAAACAUCAUAAGGAAGAAGAUCUUCUUAAGGGUCAAGCUGUGAAGAACCAGAAGGCCCUCUGGUACAAAAUUCUUGAGCUUAGAUUCUUACUUCAGAAGUCAUUCUCAAGUUCAAAUAGGUUACCCCAGGAAUCAGUCAAGUCUUUGUUCUGUGAAUCAGAUGAGACAGUUAGAGAAGCAUAUUCAGAUCUGAUGAUUUCAUCCAAAGAGACUUUAGAUUCUAUAUUGGAACUGCAAGAGGCUAUGUUUGCCAAGAAUCCAUCAAUUACUCAGGCCACUGAUGGUUUGGAAAGGUCAUCAAAAGAUUUAGAAGUUUCUAAGCAUUUGGAUGGCGAUCUUGAUCAAGAGUGGUCACAGAUUUCUCAGAUGCACAAGAGUUUAGCAUCAUUCAGAGACAAGUCAAUCAACAAAUGGCAGAGGAUGACACAAGUGACAACUGGUGCUGCUGCCAUUAAGGGAAAAUUGCAUGCUUUUAAUCAGGAUAUUAGCAAUCAAGUUGCUGCUUAUAUGAGGGAUCCCAGUAGGAUGAUCAAGCAGAUGCAGCUGAGAAGAUCAGCUGUUAGUAUAUUUGGAUCUGUUUCAGAGGUUGGUGACAACUAUCAAGAAGUGGAGACACGAACUAAUGGUGAUCCUGAACUACUGGACGACUCUGAAUUUUAUCAGCAAUUAUUAAAAGAAUUUUUUGAGACAGUUGAUCCCUCAUCAUCUGAGAAAGCAUUUUAUUCUUUGAAGAGAAUGCAAACAAAGAAACGAAAAGUUGUUGAUCGCCGAGCCUCAAAAAGUCGCAAGAUAAGGUAUAAUGUUCAUGAAAAGAUAGUGAAUUUUAUGGCUCCUCUACCCGCCAACGUUCCUCCUAUGGCUCCGAAGUUAUUUGAGAAUCUUUUUGGAUUGAAGACACAGAGAUCAUCUGCUGCAGCCUUAUAAUCAUGGUUGGCGGACCUAUAGAUAUAUUGGCUUCACAGCUUUGCAUAUGUUGCAAUAGUUUGUCUCCGAUAUGAUGUUAUGUUUACUUUUACAAGUCGGCUCCAUCAAAUUCAUUAUAUAGGGAGAGAUUUUUUCUUGUUGAGGGAUUUGGACCUGAGAUUGUAACUAUGUCCAAAAUGCUUUGGGCAUUGGGUCAAUUAUGAUAAAUUUCUCAACAAGAUUUUGAGAGUAAAAAUUAAAUUGAAAAAUAAAGAUCUUAUGUUUU